UGCUUGCCCCAUGUUUCCAUAAUUACCACAGUUACUGAAGACAGCAAUAGACACCAUACUUUUCCAAAGCAGACGCAGCAAUGGACAUCCAGAGGAACAGCUCCUUGGGGUCACCUAGCUCCAUGGAGAGUUUGGAAAAGCAACUUAGUUGUCCAAUCUGUUUAGAUAUGUUCACCAAGCCUGUGGUGAUCCUUCCGUGCCAGCAUAACCUGUGCCGUGGAUGCGCCAGCGAUCUUUACGACUCACGAAACCCUUACAGAUUUUCAGGCGGUGUCUUUAGAUGUCCCACAUGUCGUUUCGAGGUUGUUCUUGAUCGCCAUGGUGUACAUGGACUUCAAAGGAAUCUUUUAGUAGAGAACAUUAUUGACAUCUACAAACAGCAGCAAGAAGGUGGAGGUGGUGGAACCCCAACAGCUCCUGUAAAACCAAAAGUCUCUACUGGACUAAUGUGUGAGGAACACAAAGAUGAAAAGAUCAACAUCUACUGCAUGAAUCAUCAGGUUCCUACUUGCUCCAUGUGUAAAGUGUUCGGUCAGCACAAGGACUGUGAGGUUUCCCCCCUUGCCAGUGUUUAUCAGGCUCAGAAGGCAGAGUUGAGCAACGCCAUAGAUGUGCUGGUUGCAGGCAAUGGGGGACUUCAAACUCUUCUAAACCAAAUGGAUGACACCUGCAAAGCUGUUCAGGAUAAUGCCCAGCAUGCCAAGCAAAAGCUUGGCGAGUGCUUUGACUCUCUGUAUGCUGCACUGGAGGACCGGAAGAAUGUCCUUAUGGAGCUUAUUAGCAAGGAGCAGGAUGAGAAGGUGGCUGCCUUGAGAAGGCUAGCCAGGCGUUACGGAGACCGUCUACAGGCAGGCACAGAGCUCACUGAUACAGCUGUUCGUGUCCUCGAGCAAAGCAGCGCUGCAGAGUUCCUACAGACCUCCAAGGGUCUUAUCGCACAGACAAAGGAGGUCGCCAAGAGUUCCCUGGCUGAGGAAAGACCUGAGCCUGGUUUUGAGAGAAUGGACCAUUUUUCUGUUUCAACAGACCACCUAGAGGCGUUGUUUUCCAAGAUGGACUUUGGAGCAGAAAAUGAUCACGAUGAAGAAGACUGAAAGAAACUGGGUGGAAAAGGGCUGUCAAAAAUUUCAUUUUAUUUCCCCUCCCAAUUUUCAUUUUAAAUCCCCUUUCCCUCUGUUAGGUUUUGAAAAAUCUAUUUUCUGUGCUACAAUUGGCUAGUAGUUCUUACAAGCAGAUUGACAAUACAUUGACUCAUGUAUAUCAUUAUUGUAAAUAGAGAACAGAAUAAGAACUUAACCAGCACCUUAUUUGAUUUGAUUACAGCCGUAUCCAGACAAAACAACUAUUUUUAGCCUCAUGUUUUGGUUAUGUUAUGUCCCCCCACAUGUUUGUCAGUGUGUGUUGCUCUGUGUUUGUGUGAUUGCAGAGGAAAAUAAACAGAUUAUCAAGAGCGCACGUCAGUGUAAACAUAUUUUUUAAAUGCUGACAUUUAUUAAAAUGUUACCAAAAUAAUGUCCCAUUAUAAAUGUUUUGGAAUUUUCUCGGCAGUCCUAGACAAAACAAUUUUUGUUAAUAGAUACUAUCAACACAUGCUGCAAGCAACAUGAUAUGAAGAGGACUUGGUGCCAUUUUUUAUACUUUUGUAUUGUAAGUGUUGCAUUAGAAUUGUCUGCUUGUCUAAUUAAAUACUGAACAUGUAGCCUUUACUCAACUACUUGAAUGUGAAUAAAUAAUGUGAGUAA